AUCGUUACCAGUUCUGUUCAGGUGUGAAUAUAGCAGCAGUCAUGGCAGUUUCCAGCCUUCACUAUACUAUGGGGAUCUCAAGCGGAUUCAAAGUCUAUAUCUUGGAAGGGCAGCACAGUGCUCGGAAUGUAGACAGGUUGAGGCCGUUAACAAACCAUGGAAUACCUGUGUACCCAAUCAAACGCAAACUCAGUCCGGAACCCCCACGUUCUCCGAAGAGACUUUCAACAUCCAACUCUCAAAGCAGGGCAAAAGUGUCCUCUUCGGUAAUGUGCCAGAAGCCUACACCAAGACAACCUUCUAGGUCAUUCAGUCCUCCUAAGGCAUUUGCUCAUCAUCCCGUAACUCUGGAACAUGUUCUUAAGAGGUUGAUACCUGAACGAAAGCCUUUGGAAAGUAAGGAGGCACAGAAGAAUGAACAAGACCAACCCCUGGCUUUGGUAAAGAGGUUGGAGAGACCCAUUGAGCAGCCUAUUGUUUCUUCAGCAAUGUUGCAGCAGAAUCGGCCAUCUGUGAUUACUUGUGUAUCUCGACCAAAGCCUAUCUCUCCCCCUGCUACAAAUCAAAAAUUAACUCCAACACAGGAAAAAGAAGUUCAUCGAUCACCCAGAACCAGCUCACCUGACGUAGAAGAACACUUCCAAAGGAGUCUAAAAUCUUGUGGCACCCAACAGAAUCAUCACACUUCCCCGCCACAUUACAUCCACAGCUCAGUUGAAGAUCACUUCUCCAAAGCUCUGGGAUCCAAAUGGUUUCUAAUCCGAGCCGCUGCAGACUCCGCUUCUUCAGCUGACAUCAUAGCCAGACACCAUCUCUAAAGCUCACACUUGCCAUUUUUGGACAUUUACCACUGAAAUACAAGAAAUACCACUGGGAAACUGGAGAUAAUGGACUCUGUACUGUAUUACUGUGUAAUAUAUAUUUAUUGAUACGUUAUAUGGCUCCAUUCAGAAUGGAUAUCUGAAGAAAUGGGUGCAAGUUAUCAGCUGGGGGAAUUGGAGGUUUUGGGAGUUUGCAUCUAAUGUUUGCAUAAGGGCUAAUCAUGUAUAUAUGAAAUUUUGUUUUUUAUUAAAUAAAAAAGAUUUUUUUGUUUUAA